AUGGGUUCCAGAGUGUCCUUCAGUUGCUGUAGUAACCUGGGUCCGGGGCCUCGGUGGUGCUCCGAUGCCCCUCACCCACCCCUGAAGAUCCCAGGUGGGCGAGGGAAUUGUCAGAGGGAUCACAAUCUUUCAGCUAAUUUAUUUUAUUCCGAUAAUCGGCUGAAUGUAACAGAAGAGAUAACAUCCAAUAACAGGACAAGAAUCCUGAAUGUCCAGUCCAGGCUGACGGAUGCCAAACACAUCAGCUGGAAAGCUGUAUUGAACAAUAACAACUUGUACAUCGAAAUUCCCAAUGGUGCUCUGCCUGAAGGGAGCAAGGACAGUUUUGCAGUUCUUCUUGAGUUUGCUGAAGAACAACUUCAAGUGGACCAUGUCUUCAUUUGCUUCCACAAGAAUAGAGACGACAGAGCCUCGCUGCUCCGUACUUUCAGCUUCUUGGGCUUUGAGAUUGUGAGACCCGGGCAUGCCCUCGUCCCCAAGAGACCCGAUGCUUGCUUCAUGGCGUACACCUUCGAACGAGACUCUUCCGAAGAAGACUAGAUUGCAGUGUUUGCCUUGUUAGAGCUUUUCUCUCUCUUGUUUCUCUUUGUCAAAGAUGAAUCUGUAGAAAUUUUGUCAACAUCUUUAAAUGAUGCGUAGCACACAAGCACCGGAAAAAAGAAAGAAAGAUUACUUGUUCCUUUGUACGAAUUAUUUGUGACAGGCUGCUCUGGUGGUGGUGGUGUGGGGGGGAAAGAUGUUGAAAAUUUCCACCUUUUGUCAUCUGUUUUUUUUCUCUCCUGGAUUUGUCUGCAUGUUGUGAUUGUGCAAAGAAAAAAAAUAAAUGCUCACUCCAAAUUAGCAGUAUAUUUCUUGGAAGUUUAAUAUUGUGUGUUUGUGAUACUGAAGUAUUUGCUUUUAAUUCUAAAUAAAAGUUUAUAUUUUACUUUA